AUGCAGACUCGUCAACCGGCCACGCUCGGGGUCUCAAUUACCUUCUUCGUCAUCGCCAGUGUCUUCGUCGCCUUGCGGUUCGUCUCGCGCAUAUUUGUCGUCCGCAAAGUAGGGUUACACGACUGGUUGAUGCUGGUCGCCUGGGUCAUUGAUUUCGGCUUUUCGUUCUCGCUCUUUUACGCGACUAAAUAUGGACUCGGUCUCCAUGCGCAAGACAUCCUGCCCGAGAACGAGAACGGCCUUAACAAGGCCAACUAUGCCUUCACCGUGCUCUACAACCCGGCAUUGAUGGCCGUCAAGACCUCCAUCCUAGUCUUCUACUUGACCUUGACGCGCAAUCAAAAGGUCUUUCAAUGGGCCAAUUAUGUCACCUUGUUUGUGGUCAAUGCGGCAGGCUUUGCCUUGACCAUGAUCAAUGUCUUUCAAUGUCAUCCUGUCUCAGCGGCAUUUGAUUCAACGGUCCCUGCCUCGGCGAAAUGCAUCGACAUCGUCACGCUCUACCUCUCCUCGUCCCCGGUCAACAUCAUUACCGACUUGGCAAUCCUCUUUCUCCCGAUACCAAUCCUGACGCAAAUGCGUCUCCCCUAUAAGCAGAAAUGGAUUCUUGUUAUCACGUUCAGCUUCGGUUUCUUCGUGGCUGUCGUCGAUGUGAUUCGAAUCGCUUUCCUCCAACGGGCCGCGACCUCUCGCUCAUUGGCUCUCAAGACGAUUCACAUUCAAAACAUCGGGACUGCGGAUUUCAGCUGGUACGCAUCGCUGUCAUUUAUGUGGUCAGUUGUUGAAGUCAACAUCUCCAUCAUCUGUGGAUGCGUCCCAAGUCUCAAACCUCUAGUCGCUCGCCUUGUGCCCAAGUUGAUCAGAGACACCAACGGCACUCAGACCAGCCCACCGAACAACUAUGCAACAGGUGAUAGCCCGGUCGCUUUGCCUCCAGCGACUGCCAUUCCUGGUGGCCCAUCUGCCUCUUCAUCCCCAGCAGACAGCAAUGGAAGCAAACCUUCUCAGGCUGGGGGUGAAAGCACAACCCAGCAGCAAGAAUCGAAUGCACCUAUCAGUAUGAUAGAUUUUUUGAGCUAUCCGCAGUCAGGCCCUUCCGAUCCCGAGGCCUAUACCACUGCUACAUCCAGCUAUCCUGCCGAAGUCAGGUUCUUCGACUUUGUCAACAUGAAGAAACCGGAAAGUAUGCUCAAGCUGAACAACAAAGAGUCCAUUGCGCCCAUUGCAUUGACUUCUCUUCUAUUCUUCCUCUGGGGCUUCGCAUAUGGCUUCCUUGAUAGUCUCAACACACAAUUCCAGACGAUUGUCAAACUUGACUCAUGGCAUUCAUUGGGUCUCCAUGGAGCCUAUUAUGGUGGCUACGUGGUUGGUCCUCUGCUUGUUGGUAGGCCCGUGUUAAAGAUCUGGGGAUUUAAAUCCACUUUUAUCACUGGACUAUGCAUCUACGCCUGUGGAGCUCUAGUAUUCUGGCCCUCUGCUGUCCUCACGUCCACUGCCGCAUUCACAGUUUCGAACUUUAUCGUGGGUUUCGGCCUUGCUGUUCUCGAGACGGCGGGUAAUCCGUUCAUCGCUCUCUGUGGGCCUCUUGAGAACUCCGAAAUUCGACUCAACAUCUCUCAAGGUGUACAAGCCAUCGGGAGUGUCGUAUCACCUCUACUUGCAAAGAAAAUUCUUUUCAAAAAUGUCACAGACGUCGCCUCGUUGGUGGACGUGCAGUGGACAUAUCUUGGCAUCGCCCUCUUCGACGUGCUCUUAGCAGUCGUCUUCUGGUACUUGCCAAUUCCCGAAGCCUCCGAUGAAGACCUGGAAGAAUUAGCCAAUCGUCGUAGAGAAGAUAACAUGACCAAGGUACUUGGAAUUCCUGUUGUCUGGCUGACCCUUGGUCUUGGUAUCUGGUCACAGUUCUUCUACGUGGGCGGACAAGAAGUGCUUUCGGUCAGUCUCGAACGAUUUGUCCAGAGUGUAAAUGCACCAACUUCACUCCAGCCGUUCGACAUUCUAACAAUCGGCCACACCGUAUUUGCCGUUGGCCGAUUCAUCGCCGCCUUCGCGCAGUGGUUCCUCAAACCUCGCUGGAUUCUGAUGGUCUCCUACAUCGGCAUGAUCGUCUUCUCCGUCCUCUGCAUGAAGACUACCGGCACGGCUGCAAUUGUCAUGGCAAUGAUGGUCUACCUCUUCGAAAGCGGCGUCUUCAGUAUAAUUUUCGCCAUAUCCCUGCGUGGAACCGCCCAACACACCAAAACUGCCGCAGCUCUCCUCACGGUCGCCAUCAGCGGCGGCACAUACUUCCCCUUCGCCGAAUACGCCGCCUACCUCUCCCACGGUACCCCAUGGUCAUACUGCGUCCUGGUUGCCGUUUUCUCCGCCGGUGCGAUUUUCCCUCUUUAUCUCAAUCUCGUCCCCGCUGCCAAGAAACAAGUCGAUCCAGUGCCAAAUGAGUACCUCCGUCGUCACCGUCACCGUCGCCGCCGCCGCCGCCACAGCAGCCAUGUUCGCGCCGUCUGUCGUGAAAAGGACAACCCAUCAACGGGCGGCGUCCUCUCCCGCCGCCGGAGUCUCGUCUUCAAUCCAGACCUCAUGCCCGAUCUUCCUAUGCCUGGUGAGACAUGUCAAACUCCGACCCCGCAGUACCGAAGCUUCGGGAACAUGACUUCCAGAUCGAAUUCGGAUACAGGCUCAUAUUCGGAGUCUUCGCAGCAUAAAGAUUCGCCAGCUGAGUCGCCGAAAUGA